CGAUCUACUUCGGAUGGUAUACCCGCUCAUGAGCCUAUUGACAUGAGGCGGCGCUUUGACGGUCAGGGUUCCAGCUGGUUCUCAACUAUCAUAACAGGGCCUUUGUUGUCUCUGUCUUCCACAUCAUCAUGGAGACGUUAUACAUCGUCUGUGGACUAACGGCCCUUGUGGCUCUAAUAGCUCUAGUCUUUACCUUCAUCGAUGACUCCCCGCCACCGCAGCCACCUUCCUUGGGUGUAUGUUCACCAUCAGAUUCACCCUAUGUGCCUAUUAUCUCGCAGCAAGGGUCAUACCACCAGCCACUGCAUCGCCAGCUCUCGCCACUGCGUCCAGCAAUCCGAUAUCCCGAGACCCCUUCAAGAUAUUCUACACUUCAAGCGCCUUCAAAUUCGCAGCCUCCGAGUUCGCAGCCUUCGCCGCAUCAACCUCAUCGCCUGCCGAGCAUACAAUACCCCCCACUAGCUACCACUCCCCUUUUAUCUCGUGAUGCUUCGGUGCCCAAGCCUGUCUGUUACACCCCUCAGCAGCCAAGUCGUCCUGCUACAAGAGCGCCGCUGGUACCUGUAGUGCCCAUAGCGAUUGACCCUCGUGAAUUUCUUGCUGCAAGAGCGCCGCAGGUACCUGUAGUGCCCACAGUGAUCGAUCGUCCUGUUGCAAGAGCGCCGCAGGUACCUGUAGUGCCCAUAGCGAUUGACCCCGGUGAACGUCUUGCUGCAAGAGCGCCGCCGGUACCUGUGGUGCCCAUGGUGAUUGACCCCGGUGAACGUCCUGCUGCAAGAGCACCGCAGAUACCUGUAGUGCCCGUAGUGAAUGACCCUUGUGAACGUCCUGUUGCAAGAGUGCCGGAGGUACCUGUAGCGCGUGUAGUAAUUGACCCCCACGAAGACCCAAAGGCUCUUCGUCUCAAGGCCAUGCAGGAGGGAAGUCAGAUGAGGAAAUGCUUGAAGGAGAGGAAAGAAGCGAAAGCUAGGAGUGAGCAACAACGUGCCAAAGAGCUUACCUGGAGGGGUAAGGCACACAGGGUAAACAUGAUGCUCCUUAACAAGGAAGCCAGCGCAAAGAUAUUCCAAGGUAAGAAUAACCAACUUGAAAACCGCAGAAAUGAAGUAGAUCUCCACGGACUCUACGUCGCGGAAGCCCUGUCCUAUUUCGCCAUCGCUGUUCAAAAAGCUCGGGAUCGUGAAGAAUCAUCACUCUGUGUGAUCGUAGGAAAGGGAAAUCACUGCGAUAACAACAUCCCGAGGAUCAGACCUGCAAUUCAGGCCCACGGGGAAAGUCUGGGAUUGUCGAUUAUAGUGGACCCUCGCAAUGAUGGCCGCCUUAUUGUGAGCUUUAGCUGAACCCACUGAAUGCCAGUUUUCUUGUAAUCUCCAUGUGCGUUGCAUGUAAAGUACUUGCUCAUUGGUGAUGCAGAUGCACCUCCUCUUUACAUACCAAAGUGUGUAGGAUACUUAUUCAAGCAUUUAAUUGGUGUAUUGAUUCGUUGAUUACUUAUGUACAUACUUACCCUAGCGCUUGUACAAUUCAGAGCCUAUAUGUGCUUCUAGCAGAGCCCAUGCGCACCAUGACUGCAUGACGGUGCGCUAUCUACAUGCUAGUGAUGAACCUGGUUCUGAAGCUCGGGGACUCACUCUAGUCAUGUGAAUUGGAUCUGUACGGAUCCUACGCCAAAGAAGCCAUAUAGUUCCGCAGUCACUAUGGGGAUUCACAUCCACUUUGGUUGUCGACAAUGU